GUAAUGCAGAGAUUGUCCUUUACAAAAUGGCAGGAGUACAUGUAACUAUGCAGAUCAGUGUUGAAGCCCAAACUUCAUUUCUUCAAAAUGCUUUUAGACUGAGAUCUGACCAGUGCUAUUGUGACAUAGAAAUUCACAUAGGAAACACAUCCUGUAGCGCCCAUAAACUCAUCCUUGUCUCUUACUCCAAAUACUUUGCUGAUUAUUUCCGUCUUUCAAAAUCUAACCAGUCACACAUUGUGCUUUCUGAUAUAAAUUGGGAGAUGUUCAGCUAUAUCCUAGACUAUAUGUAUGGCCAGAAAGUUAAGAUACCAGUCCCUUGCUGGGAUGAAUUUCUAAAGACUGCUAAAAAGUUGGAGAUUCAGGAUUUGCUUGACAAGUGGGAUGCAGGCCAAAAGAAAGGCUUGAAAACUAGAGGAGGACUUGAUAUUAAGUCUAUGACUUCAGCAGUUUCCACAUCCAGCUUUGAUGUUGAAAAUGAGUGUAAUGCAUUGGAUGAUGGUGAUGAGGCUGACUAUACAAACGGAAUGUCAGCUUGUGUUAUAAAUACAGAACAGGUGAAUAAUGUGAAUAAUGCCUUGGGUGUUGAGGAGUCCCUUAAAUCUAGUUCUGAACAUUUGGCAGGCAAGAAAUUGGAACAAUUUACAACUGCCGAGAAGUGGAAACCUUUAGAAGAUCUGAGUAGUCUUGAUAAGACCUGUAGUUUAUCCAAGUUAAGUUUACCAGGCCUCAGUGGUGGAAGUGAAUAUAGGGGCAAAUAUACCUGUGUUGCAUGCAAGUCUAUUUUUCCAAGCAUAAAAGAAAAAAGUCUACAUUACUUGACCAGAAGCUGUUCUGGUGGUCUGCUGAAGGUUGCACGGCAGAGGUUUUCUAGGAGUUUUAGAAAAGAAAGCAGAAGAAAAAUUCCUGUUAAAACAAGUAUUCCAAACCAUGUGUGUUACACUUGCUUUAAAGGAUUCAUAUCCAAGUCUGCACUUUUGAGACAUUUUCAGUUAAACCACAAGAAGAAAAGUUUAUGGAAAUUUCCAUCCAGUCAAGUUAGGGAUAGCAAAAAUACUGCAGCUGCUACAAAGUCUCCUAAUAGUGUCCCAUUUCCAUUAAAAAUACCUGGUGGUAAAGGAAGAAGCAGUGAAUCUAAACUGAAAGAAAUAAAAAGAGAUCUGAAUCGAUGUGAACAGUGUGGUAACGUGUUUGCGAAGGAAAAGGCUCUGGUGAUGCAUCGGGCUAAGACACAUGGCUUGGGUGUGUUUUUGCAGGCUGUUCACUGUCCUAACUGUCCUCAGGAGUUCAAUGUAAAAGAAUUCUACAGAGGGCACCGGCUUAGAAAACAUAAGAAACAUGUUCAAGUCUGCUCAGAAGAGGGGUGUGAUUUUACAUGCACUACUAUUCGAGACAUCACCAAUCAUUUGAAGGAAGAACACAACACUGAUCCUCCACACAAGUGCCCCCUCUGUAACUAUGUUACUCCCUUAAAAGGCUAUUUAAAACGACACAUCGAUAGGCAUUUUCUUCGUGGCAAGUUAUACAUUUGUGAGCUGUGUCCGAAGGUGUAUAUGACGGAGAAAGCACUAUUGCAGCAUAAGUACACUCAGCAUGGUUUGGUUGAUGCAGAGAAAGCUGUACGGUGCACUUAUCCAGAUUGUUCAUUCUUGACAUAUAGCUUGCUUACUAUGGAAGAUCAUUGCAGAGCAAAGCACACUGAGGAGAAGAAUUUCCCAUGCCCCCAAUGCAAUCGAAAGUUCUCAACAAAAGGUUCUCUAAAGUCCCAUAGAUUGUCUCGCCAUGAGCUGCGCUAUACAUGCAGUUGUCCAAAUUGUGGUAAAAUGAUGGUUGACAAGGCAUCUUUGAAGAUGCAUCAGUUGCGGUGCAUCGGAGCUCGAAAAACCUUCUUAUGUUCUCAAUGUGACCACUCCACAUACGUCAAGGAUAGACUUGAAGCUCACCAGUUUAAGCAACAUGGUAUACUCCCAAGCAAAGGCAAGAUUUACAGUUGUGAACUGUGUGACUACACUUGUACAAUGAAAUGUAGAUUAAGUAGCCAUAUGCAGAAACAUACAGGAGAAAGGCCAGAAGUAUGCGACAUUUGUGGUAAAAAGUUUCCCUUAGGCAGCCUGAAGACUCACAUGAAGGUUCAUAAAACCACAUAUGAUUUUCAGUGCAUGUACUGUGAUUACAAAACACGGUGGGAGUAUCAUUUCAAAACACACAUCCGCCUAAAGCAUACAGAAGGUGAGAAGAGGCCUUACAAGUGCAGCUAUUGUGACCACAGAACUAACUUCAAGGGGAAUUGUGUGAAACACAUCAAAAAUGUCCACCCUGGUAAAGAACCUGCAGUAAUUCACCUUAGUGACAAUGCUUUGUGAUUUUUUUUACAGAACUGAAUCAAAAUUGAUGGUUUGUGGGAUGGGACUGCCUAAUCACCUCUAUACUCUGGAUCUUUUCAGGGUUACGAUUAACCCCAGUCCCCUGACCGCUGACAAGCCCUCUAACUGCCUUAUUGGUAUAUUUACCUUUUUUGUUUUUCUGUGGUACAUGUAUUAAGUAAUGGUAAAAAGGAUGGAAAUAUGGCCUUGAAAUUAAUUUAGUAUUACAGAUGUUUUGAUUCAUUGACUUGGUCACAUAUAUAAUGCUGUAGUACUACUUAAAAGUUGUCUGACAAUAGCAUUAUUAAUUUUUUACACACAUAUUAUUUUAGUUAUCACAUGUAGAGAAAUAAACUCAAUAAAUUUGUGGUGAAAUAUUG